UGCUGCUGCUGCUGCUGCUGCUGCCAGCAAGGCUGGGAAGGGGCGCUGCGCAUCGCCGCCGAAACGCUCUUCACCGUCUUCAUUGAAGCCACAGCAGCAGAAGCAGCAGCAGCAGCAGCAGAAGGCAACUCGGGUUUCAUCUGCUAGCGCUGCACCCGCCCGCCUCGAGGGUCGGAAGGCCAGCGUUAAUAGAGCAGCAGGAAAACAGCAGGAGCAGCAGCAAACAUCAGCAGCGGCGAACAAGCAACAGAAAACACACCACCGCACAAGUGCACAAACAGCAGCAGCAACACCAGCUGCAGCAGCAAAUAAAGAUGAAGGUGCCGAGCAGCAAACGACAGCUAGAGAUCCUCCACCUACAGAGUCCGGAAGGCCGCGUCGGCAUGCAGCAGCAAGAGCAGCUGCAGCAAUCCUUGCUGCUGCUGCUCCUCCUUCUGAGGGGUUUUUAGUAAUGGAUAUCCCUGAAGAAGGGACAAGGGAGAAGGAGCAGCUGCUGCUGCUGCAGCGGCAGCAGCAGCAGCAGCAAAGGAGACGCCUCAACAGAGGCACAGACAAAACCAAAGGCAAACCAGAGGGAUCGGGAUCGGGAUCGGGAUCGCAUCAGCGGAGGUCUGUUGAGGAGAAGCCGGAAAAAGCGGCAGAACGUGAUGCAGCAGCACCGCCACCAACAGCAGCAGCAGCAGCAGCAGCAGCAGCAGCACCUGCAGCAGCAGCACCUGCAGCAGCAGCACCUGCAGCAGCAUCUGCAGCAGCAGCAAGAGAAGAGGACGAAGCGAAAGGUGAGAAAGACCAGCCUCAUGAAGAGGUGCCUUCGACUUGUACAGAUUCAAAAGAAGAUUUUGUUGCAGAGACAAAUAAAAAUAAUGCACAAGUGAAGAAAGGAGAAGAAGAGCAGCAAACGAAGGGAGAUAAUAUAAAUAAUAAACAUAAGAGUUCGAUAGAUGCAAAUGAAGAUGUUAAUAAAAAUAAUGUAGAAGCUGUACGUACAGCAAAAGAUCUGUGCGGUAGAGACGAAACAAAUAAACAAAAAAAAACUGAGUGUGAUGCUGAAGAUGUGCGAGUUGAAGUUGAAUCCACUUAG